CCCUUGGAUGUCAAAUAUUUCAAAUUUCAUUGUCUCCGCUAUUUUUGGAAUCCGCAAAUUCAACAUUUUACGGUUCUUAGGGGCCUUGAUCGCAAUUUUACGUGCCGCGAGAUUUACGACCGUUUCUCGCGUGGACUUGAUAAUCAUCAAGCUGGUAGAAGGGCAAUCAUAUAUGAGCAGAACUUAAUCGAUGUCAAAGUUAAAAGUUACAUUCGUUUACUUUUUGAAGUGGCAUUAAAUCCAUUCUAUGUCUUCCAAGUAUUCAGCGUAACAUUAUGGUUCUUUGAUGACUACUACUAUUACGCAGGAUGCAUUGUAUUUGUAUCAGUAGUAUCCAUCGCCAUAACCUUGGUGCAAACUCGCCGGAAUCGUGUCCGCCUUAGAAAUAUGGUCGCAACAUCAUCAAAUAUUCAAGUGAUAAGGAACCAUUCCGGUGACCCUGAAAAUGUAUCUAGUACUGAAAUUGUCCCGGGCGACGUUAUUGUCAUUCCGCCUGAUGGAAUACGGAUGGAAUGCGAUGCUGUUUUAAUUAGCGGUUCCUGUGUUGUUAAUGAAAGCUCGUUAACAGGCGAGAGUAAUCCCGUGCUAAAAACACAACUGAUUAGUGACGGUGCUGAUGCUGAUAACGUUUACUACCCGAACCUUCACAAACAACAUUCUCUUUUUGCUGGAACGCAAGUUUUGCAAGCCCGUUCAUACAGUUCUUCUCUUGUAACUGCACUGGUUAUACGCACAGGAUUUUAUAGUAUGAAGGGUAAUCUCGUGCGUAGUAUUCUUUAUCCUAAGCCCAUGAACCUAAAGUUGUACCGUGACGCAAUUGGAUUUGUAGGCUGCUUAGCUUUUUUAGCGCUCAUUGGUUUGAUUUAUAGCAUCGUAACUCUUAUUAUUGAUGGGGUAACGCCAGGCGAAGUUAUUAAGCGAGCAUUGGACAUGAUCACAAUUGCUGUUCCACCAGCUCUACCAGCCGCGGUUUCGAUUGGAACUGUCUAUGCCACGAAUCGACUUAGAGUAAGAGGCAUUUUUUGCAUCAAUCCUUCAAGGAUCAAUUUGAGUGGUAAACUCAAUUUGGUUUGUUUCGAUAAGACCGGAACGUUAACAGAAGACUUCUUGGAAUUUUGGGGAGGAAUUGUUAAUCAACGUUGUGAAACGAUGUCUUUUAGCUUUAGGGAAAUAUUGACUGAUAUUAAAUCUAAUCCAGCUGAUAAGCUAGCGGUUACGAUGGCAACUUGCCAUUCAUUAACAGUUCUUAAAGGUGAUGUGUGUGGUGACCCCUUAGAUAUGCAAAUGUUCCAAGCAACGCAAUGGACCUUAGACGAAAGUGCUGACGAUCAUCAAAAGUACGAUACCGUUAUUCAAGCAAGCGUAAAACCUCCAAGUUCUACACCCACAACCAGUCAGAACCAAUUUGAAUAUGGGAUUUUGAAACGCUACGCUUUCACCUCUGACUUGAAGCGCAUGUCAGUGCUCAUUCGUAAGUUAGGAGCUGGCAACCUAGAAUUAGUUAUGAAAGGAGCCCCCGAAACAGUAAUACAAUAUUGUAACAGCAGUUCAGUCCCUGACGAUUUCUCUCAAACGUUGGAGUCACUUACGGAACAAGGUUACAGAGUGCUCGGUUUGGCUCAUAGAUCUUUAGAUUCAAAACUUUCAUGGCGAUCUGCUCAAAAACUCUCACGACAAGACUUGGAAGAAAAUAUGACCUUCCUCGGUUUACUGAUUAUGCAAAACAAAUUGAAGCCUGAAACAUCUGGAAUAAUAGAAGAACUAGCUGAAGCGAAUAUUAGGACUGUUAUGAUUACUGGUGAUAAUCUGAAAACUGCUGUCAAUAUUGCUCGAGAAUGUGAAAUGAUACAACCAAAUGAAAAUGUUGUACAUUUAAUUGCUAAAGAACCUACGACCUCUCAAACUGAACCAACUGUCACAUGGAAUCUCUUAAAGAAAAGUGGGAAUGCACCGGUAAAGAUUUCCAUAAAAUAUGAUACAACACGGAUAUUAUUGUUAUUUAUCUAUCAUAUCACGCUCUUCACAUGCAUCUUCUUUAAUGUUGGUCAGGUGCUUAUUCAAGGAACUAUUUUUGCUCGAACAUCACCAAAACAGAAAGCUGAACUUGUAGAAGGCUUCCAAAAUCUAGGAUACUACGUUGGAAUGUGCGGCGAUGGAGCUAAUGAUUGCGGAGCUUUAAAUACUGCUCAUGCCGGAAUAUCCCUUUCGGAGGCUGAGGCUUCCGUAGCAUCACCAUUUACCUCGAAAGUUCCCAAUAUUUCAUGCGUUUCUACACUGAUUAGGGAAGGUCGCGCUGCAUUAAUAACCGCUUUUGGCGUGUUCAAAUACAUGGCUUUGUAUAGCAUCAUACAGUUUACAACAGUGAUGAUUUUAUACUGGUACGUUGCUAACCUUGGGGACUUCCAGUUCCUGUUCAUUGAUUUAUUCAUUAUUCUUUCCAUUGCACUCGUCAUGAGUAGAACUGAAGCAUUUCCGUUGAUAUCAAAACAACGUCCAAACAGUUCGCUAACCAGCUUUGAAACCUUAUCUUCGCUUUUCGCCCAUGUCAUAGUUACUGUUGCAAGCCAAACUUUGGUUUACUUCUACUUAGCAUCACAGCCAUGGUACACAGUCUUUAAUCAGCUUAAUCGAAAGCAAUUAUAUAAAAAUGUGGAUACGGUUAAUGGUUCAACGUAUGUUCAAUGCUACGAAACGACAACGUUAUUUUAUUUCACUAACUAUCAGUAUAUAUGGAUAGCUGUUGUCUUUUCUAAAGGUCCUCCGUUUCGUAAAAGAAUUUACACUAAUUGUAAGCAUUCGUAUCUUAUUUAA